UUGAGAGAAUGAGGCUAUGAUGAGUGAAAAGACUAAGUUAUGUACUAUAUUUAUAGAUAUAUGUAAAUGACACUAGCUGUCACGUACCGCUGACCUUAGUCAGGAUUAAAAGUUUGUACAACAAUUCACAGAAAUAAGGGAUUUACUAAGAAUCUGGAAUGUACAUUAAAUAAAACACAGAGACAUUAUGAAUUCAACUGAUGUUACGAGCAGUAUACUGCAAUAUCAAAGAGAUAUAAAUAAUGGAAAUUUAUGCAAUUUGAACAGUGAAGAUCGCAAACGAGAAGCCUAAACAGAGAAAUAAGUGGGGGGAGAAAAAAAAGGAAGGAAAUCGAUAAAAGCAAAGCUUACAGCUGUUCCUUAGAGCAGGUGUCCAUAAGUAAUUACAAAAAGUCAGAUAUGAUGUUAUUGUGGAGGCAAAGUGUAAUGUCUUCUUGUCAAAUCUCCACUAUAUUUAUAUAUUUAAUAUCACUGAAUUGUUUCAAUGCACAAUACAUUCAACCUGGACUCUGUGAUAGUCGAUGUCAUUGUCCUAAAGGUGAAGGUGUAGUUCAUUGUGAUCGACAAGAUCAUUUACAUGGUGUCCCAACAAAUAUCCCCUCCGGUGUUACAAAAUUAUUUAUACAACAAAGUGAUUUUCCUACACCAAAUUAUUUAAAUGAAGCCAAUAUGACUGGAUUAGAAAAAUUGGAGUAUUUAAGAAUUAUUUAUUGUAAUCUACAGGUGAUUGAACCAAGAACCUUUAUAAAAAUGACACAAUUAAAACAUUUAGAUUUAUCGCAUAACUCAAUAAUACGAUUAGAAUCAUAUACAUUUUAUGGAUUACAAUUGACUAAUUUGUAUUUACGUGAACAACAUUCACUGCCUGAACAAGGUAUGCUUAUUUCAGAGGAUUCAUUUCAUGGUUUAUCUGCAAAUCAAAUUAAUCUACGCGGUAAUCGUAUUCAGGUUGUACAGUAUGAAACAUACGGAAAAGUUCCAGGUCUUGAACGUUUAAUUCUUUCUGAUAAUCGUAUUUCUUUUAUUGAUGACAAUUUUGAAAGAUAUUUUGACAGUCAAAAUCGAUUGCUUGAUUUAACAGGGAAUCCAUUAGAAUGUAAUUGUCGUUUAUCUUGGAUUGCUCAAAGAAGUAUAGAUUGGAGAGAUAGCCUUCCUGGUUUAAAUAUGACAUGUAUUCAUUAUAUAAGGACAGAAAGAUCUGUUAAAGAGAAGCUUGUAUUUGAACUUGCAAAAUUAACUGCUGACCAACUGUGUCCAACAUCACGUAUACAGCAGAUAUUUAUAAAUGUACUUGAGGAUGCAAGUCGUGCUCUUAUAUCGUGUACUGCAGUCACUGUUCCAAAGAGAUCGAAUAACUUGAUCAAUAAUAUUGAUGCAAUCACUUCAGUUGGGAUAUUAACGCAUACACCACCUGGUGUAGCAUGGCGUUAUGUUGAAGGUGGACAAUUGAGAGAGGUGAGACGUUUAACUUCAGACAGUAAAAUGGAUUUAAAUAAAGAAAGAAAUUAUCUGUUCCACUUGAAUACAAGUGAUGAACAUCCAUCAGCGACUGUUCAGCUUAAUAUCUCAUUGGACACUAAACCACGGAAGUAUACAUGCGCUACAUGGGAUGAUAAAAAGGAAACAGAAGAGGUAAUCGUCACAGUAAAAGGUCCAGAGAUAAAAUCCUUACCAAAGCCUAAUGUCACAUGGUCAACUGAACGUGAAGCAACUGUAAAUCGAAAUUAUCUUAGCAAGAUAAGUGGUAAACAACCCGAAGAGAAUAUAAGAAAUGAAAUUCUAUUUGAACAACCACACUACUUAUAUCAGAAGCAAUUCACUCUAUUAGAAAUGGCUGUUGCUGUGAUCUGUACAUUUCUCAUGACACUGAUAUUUCUGUUGAUCGGUGCAAAGUGUUUACGUAUGUGCAAACGUCAUACACUGUUUCGUCUCACCUCUAGUUGUAGUUCAAUCGGUGUUAAUGACUCAAAAGGUGUUUAUCAUUCUGCUAAGGUGUUAAAAAGUGAGACAAAUAUCUCCGAGAAUAAUGUCACUCCAACAAAGUUAAAUGGUAUAACAUCAUCGAGUGGAAUGAAUGAGAACGGUUUCAGUUUUAUGAGAACACAUACUAAUCCAUACCCUCAGAUGAUUUUAUCUACACUCGGUGGUCAUAAUAACUUUUCACCACAAAUGUCGCAACAUCCAAACCUAACAAAUCAAUAUUUAGCGGUCACUGGUGUGAAUGGGGGUCUACCAUUACCACCAGCGCCUCCACCUCCUGCCCCAGCAUCAUCAUCUGGCUCCGGUACAGAUGAUUUACAACAGAGUUUAGCCCUACUAACUUCAACACCACUUAUUCAACAGAAUAAACUAAGAAAUCUCCUUACAAAUGAUUCUGCUACCGCUGCGGCUUUAUCUCCCUUCUUAACGAAUGCUCAGCCUCAUGUAACUAACUGGCUUGUUUCUCCAGGCUCGCCGUAUUCUGUGACUGGAAGUCAUGUUUACGAUGUCCCAAGAACACUUGAGAUUAAUCAAGGCACCUUGCCGAUUUCAUCAGGUAUGGUGAAUCGAUCUAGUCUUUUCAGUGAAUUAGAAUAAUCUAAUGUAAUAUGACUUUGUUUACUUUUAUUCUCUUCAGAUUUCUAUGUAACACAUAGUGACUGUCUAUGUGUGUGUGUGAGAGAGAGAGAGAGCGUGAUAGGCAUGAAGGACUUUUUGUUCAUCAUCUCUUCUGCGUCGUUUUAUUCUUCGUCCUACAAACUUCAUAUAUGAGUUAGCAUUCGUUAACUUCUAUGUUCUGAUUUACUUACAUUUCUCGUCAUGAUCACAUAUCAUCCAGUUUUCCGUGGUAUACACAACAAAAGCAUCUUUAAUUUCUCUUUAAAAAGGACAGGAAAACUCAUCCUGUUAACGAUACUACUCAUACAAGCGUUGUCAAUAUCACUACCACUGCUGCUGUCAACUCUAGUAACCGGGAAUUAAGAUUCCCCAUCAUUCAAUUUUUAAGUUCGCCUUUUAUUUUCUGCCCUGAUGGGACCAUAUGAUAAUAAACAGCAUGAGUAAUGGUGACAACUUAUUCAUUAAUUUGAGUAUUUUACUGCAAUGUAUUGAAGUAUAUUCAUUUUAUUAAUGAAUAAAUACAACAUCGUACAGUUUUUGCGGCUUUUAAACUUUCUGCCUCUCUCUCUCUCUCUCUCACUUGCUCACACACACAGUUUCAGGUCUACCUGAGGUUCAAUGAAUGUUUGAACAUUGAAACAUUUAACUCAUUGAUUCUUUGUUUAUUCCAUGAUUACCCUGUAUCUAAUUCUGUUCUGUCAUUGUUUAUUUUUGUUUUCUUGUUAUUGACAAGACAGUUUGAAGCAUUUCCACUUCUUUCUCUAUCAUUUGAUUACUGUUAUUACAUCUAUUCAUUAUUUCAGUCAGAUUUUAUUGACCUUAAACGCACGCAUACUUACGUAUAUAAACAUUACAUAAACAGGAAAUCUUUCGUCAAGAUAGAAGUUAAUGCACAGGAAUAUGGACUACUGUUGUUAUAUAUACCUUUAACUUCUUUCAUCUUCGCAUAGUUUGAAAUUAUUUAUUGACUGUUGGUGGUGUCUUUCUUCUUCUGUUGUUUGGUUGUUUGCUUCGGUUUUUUCUCUAUGCCCAUAAUAGUUAUCGCCUUUCGUAAAGUUCAUUGUUAUCAGUAAGUUACAAACUAAAAUCUUUCACAGUGAAAAGAAAAUUUAUCCCUUGAAGAAUAAAUUUCAUCUUCCUUUUAGGGUCAGUUGUAAAUAAUACUAAUGAAAAUGAUCGUAAUGAUAAUGAUGAUAUGACCUUUUACGUAUAUUUAUAUUAAUUUUGACUAACUGCAAUAUCCUACCCAACAAAUGGGUAUAAAACUAUAACUAAUUUAUAGUACAUUAUAAAUUUUUGAUUUAUGCAUUUUUGAUGUUUUUGGUGUUUUCAAUCCAUUCAGUGCUUGUUGCCUUAUAGGAGGAUGAAAAAUGAAAGAAUCUGAUAGUUUGUUAGCUGACUAGUGAUCAAUACAUUUAUUGGUCACUAGGGAGUAAUU